CUGCGGCUGAAUCGCAAUGUAUGCGACGCUUGAUAAAUAAAUGUUAACGUUAUGGCCUUCAACAUGAUAACACAGCGAAGGAUACCUCCAGUCCUAGUUCUGCGAUUUCAUCUACCUCAUUCAUCAUGGCCAGGAACGUUCUCAUCACCGGCGGCAAUCGAGGCCUUGGACGUGGACUCGUAGAGUCGUACCUCAACUUUCCCAACAUUCACGUCUUCGCGACUGUUCGCAACCCGUCCGAUGCAUCAUCGGAAUCUCUCAACUCGAUUCCAAAAGCCGAGAACUCGUCUCUCACACUUCUCAAGCUGGAAGCUGCCAACGAACAAGACUAUCCCGCGCUUGCUCAAUCCCUCUCCCAAGACCACAAUGUCAAAGAACUCCACCUUGUCAUCGCGAACGCAGCGAUCGGAAAGGUGGCUAGCGCUGUGAAGGAUGCCAAAACCUCCGACUUUCUCGAGAAUUUUCAAAUAAAUACCCUCGGACCCCUACUUCUUUUCCAGCACCUCCGUCCUCUGCUUUCUUCAGGAGCGAAAUUCGUACCUAUCAGCUCCAAGGGUGGCUCAAUCAAGUAUCUUGACGAGUUCAGUGUCCCAAACGCAGAAUACGGAACAAGCAAGAUUGCUUUGAAUUAUCUCACCAGGAAGAUUUCUUUGGAGAAUGAGGAUUUGGUUGCUUUUCCUUUGGAUCCUGGAUUUGUACAGACUGAUAUGGGUUUGGCUGGAGCGAAAGCUUUUGGGAUGAGUGAGAAGCAGAUUGAGGAGAUGUUGAUUACCACGCAGGAGAGUGUUGAUGGCAUGGUGAAAGUCAUUGAGGGAGCUACACGGGAGAAGAAUGGUGGCAAGUUUAUGAGAUAUAAUGGGGAGGAGACGGAGUGGUGAUUGCGACAGUAGCCUUCCCACGCACGCAUCAGGCUCUCUGAAGAUUAUAUAGACAUGGAUGGGCUCCUCUUGUGGAAUUUCAUUCCCGACAUCGAGAAAUUUUUCAUUGAGCUUUCCUUUGCUUUCCUUGCCCGAGAGCUUAGCCCCUCGUCGUCGCGACUCUGCUGGCUCCUUUGUGGUUCAGGCGCUCUGUCGUAAUGAUACACUCCACGAAACGAUGAACAGAGAAUGGAGCCUUGGACCUGCUGCCGACGAC